UGCGAAGAAGUGUCAUUGCCGCCGGAAAGUGUGGCGGCUGCUGCGAGAGCCUUUCCCUUCACUGCCCCCAAGGAGCUGGAACGACAACAACGACGUCGUUUCCGUUUCCAUCGCCUCUUCCUUUUCCCGUCCUCGAGGACGCCGUGCCAAGCCGGUGUUAGCCUCCAGCCCUGGUUGUGGAAGACGACAGUAGUCAUGGCGAUGUUUGAGCAGAUGAGAGCCAACGUGGGCAAGUUGCUCAAGGGUAUCGACAGGUACAAUCCUGAGAACCUGGCCACCCUGGAGCGCUAUGUGGAGACACAGGCCAAGGAAAAUGCCUAUGAUCUGGAAGCCAACCUGGCUGUUCUGAAACUGUACCAGUUCAACCCAGCCUUCUUCCAGACCACAGUCACCGCCCAGAUCCUGCUGAAGGCCCUCACCAAUCUGCCACACACCGACUUCACCCUGUGCAAGUGCAUGAUUGACCAGGCGCAUCAAGAAGAACGGCCAAUCCGGCAGAUUUUGUACCUCGGGGACCUGCUGGAGACCUGCCACUUCCAGACCUUCUGGCAAGCCCUGGAUGAAAACAUGGACCUCUUGGAAGGUAUAACUGGCUUUGAAGAUUCUGUCCGAAAGUUCAUCUGCCAUGUCGUGGGUAUCACUUACCAGCACAUCGACCGUUGGCUGUUGGCCGAGAUGCUCGGGGAUCUAUCAGACAGCCAGCUAAAGGUGUGGAUGAGCAAAUAUGGCUGGAGCGCCGACGAGUCGGGGCAGAUCUUCAUCUGUAGCCAGGAAGAGAGCAUUAAACCCAAAAACAUCGUGGAGAAGAUUGACUUCGACAGUCACCAGUGGGGAGGGCAGUGCUGAGUCAGCAAGGAAGAGGAGGAGGCAGGUAUGAAUAGGAGGUAGGAGCCCAGCCCUGCGGUGGAGCCCAGGCUCCUGGGGGAAGUAGAUGGGAGGGUUCUUUCUGACUCAGUCCUGGCUCCAUUGCUAUGUGUCCUGGGCCCAGCAGGAUAGGUUCAAAAUACUCAGAGGCUGAGACAGGAGAAUCGCUUGAACCCAGAAGGUGGAGGUUGCAGUGAGCUGAGAUCGCUCCACUGCACUCCAGCCUAGGCAACAGAGUGAGAUUCCGUCCUGCAAAUAGUACAUAGUAAAUAUUAUUAUCAUAGAGGUAAUUACAAACAACACUUAACUUGGCACUUUGUUCUAAGCACCUCAUUUAGUUCUCCAAUCCUAUAGGGUAGGUGCUCCGUAAAGAUAGGAAGGUGAUGCUCAGAGAUGUUCAGUAACUUGCCUAAGUGACCCAGCUGUUAAUUGGCAGAGCUGAAAUUCAAACCUAGCCCUCCUUGCUCCAGGGUCCAUGUUUUUAAAAUACUGCACUAAACUGCCUUUGUGAUGGUAACUGGGACCUGGAAGGAGUUUGUGGUCUGCCCCUAAAGAAUUUUGGGUGCCGUAGCAGGUAGCUGGAGGUUUGUCUCCUGCCUUUCUCACCUUCACUCUGGUCUCUCCUUCCCUACAGGUGUGUCCAGCAUCAUGGCCUCCUCCCAGUAACCACAGGUGUUUAAUAAAGAUGUGUUGACUCAG